GUAGGCAUGUAGACAUGUAGGUAGUCAGUCAACUGACAGCUUGAGAAAGUCAUCUCUAUCUUUCUCCCUUGAAUUCUUUGAACACAAUCUGAUCAUGAACCUGACUAUAGAUGCCUUCCUGUCCUUAUAUUCUUCCAUGCCUCCUUCAGAGCCUAGGACUAUACUCCAUCCUGGAGUUCGCAGCAGCUGGUCAUCUGGAGAGCAGGUGAUCAAGCAAGAGGUAGCAACCAAUGGGGAACUGCAUGGGCGGCUCUUCCAAGUGCGCCAGUGCGUCGAAUCCACUUGAAUCAAUGGUUACGAGAAACAGCACCUCGACGACGAAGACGGACAACACCUCGAGGGCAUCGAAGAGCAGCUCGUCGGUGUUCUCGUCGGGGCAGUUCUCGCGAGCCUCCGACGAGUCGUCGGCGGCGGCGCUGUCCUCCCUCAAGUCGUUCAACAUGAGCGACCUCCGCGCGGCCACCAAGAACUUCGGCUCCAACUCGUUCCUCGGCGAGGGCGGGUUCGGGUGCGUGUACAAGGGUUGGAUCGACGAGCUGACCCUCGCCCCGACCAAGCCCGGCGUCGGCAAGAUGGUGGCCAUCAAGAAGCUCAAGAAGGAGAGCUUCCAGGGCCACAAGGAAUGGCUGGCAGAGGUUACCUACUUGGGGCAGCUGCACCAUGAGAACCUGGUGAAGCUGGUCGGCUACUGCUCGGAUUCCGACAGCAACAAGCUGCUGGUGUACGAGUACAUGCUCAGAGGCAGUCUCGAGAACCACCUCUUCAGAAGAGGGACGCAGCCGCUGUCGUGGGCGAUGCGGGUGAACAUCGCGGUGGACGUGGCGAGGGGGCUGUCGUUCUUGCACGGGCUGGAGAACCCGAUCAUCUUCCGCGACCUCAAGUCGUCCAACGUCCUCCUCGCCGGCGACUACCGGGCGAAGCUGUCGGACUUCGGGCUGGCGCGCAACGGGCCCACCGGCGACAAGAGCCACGUGUCCACCCGCGUCGUCGGCACCCGGGGGUACGCCGCGCCGGAGUACGUCGCCACGGGCCACCUGUCGGUGAAGAGCGACGUCUACAGCUUCGGCGUCGUGCUGCUGGAGCUGCUCACGGGGCGGCGGGCGCUGGACGCCGCCCGCGGCGCCACGGCGGAGAUGCUCGUCGACUGGGCGAGGCCCCACCUCGGCGACCGCCGGAAGGUGAACCGCAUCAUGGACACGCGCCUCGGCGGGCAGUACCCCAAGAAGCAGGCGCAGGACAUGGCCGCGCUCGCGCUCCGCUGCCUCCACCACGACCCCAAGCUCCGCCCCGCCAUGCCCGACGAGGUCCUGCCGCAUCUGCACCUACUGCAGCAGAACACCAAGCCAUCAUCCUUCUCCUCGUCGGCGCCGGAGCCGGCCCGCCGAUCGAGGCCAUUCCAAGGGCUAGGGAGCUAGCUCGAUUGUCUGUUCAUUAUCAUGGUGUGGUAUAUAUGUGUGUCUAUACAGAUAAAAGAAUUCGAUGAACAUCCAGUUAGUAAUUCAAUACUAGGUAAGUAGGUUGAUCAUUUCAUGUGUGAAUUAAAACUGUGAAUUAAUAUAUUUCUAGCUCCAAAUUAAAGUAGAAUAUAGCUUCAGGAAUUCCAUGCAUUUGUGUGCAUCAGUGUAGAGAUCGAUUGAGGAUUCGUAAUUUGUUUGGACAAGAACAUAGCUCAUGUUUUGCUUUCAUUUUUGUUUACCUCAAAUGAAGGCUUUUGUUUGCUCAUGCCCAUUCGUUGAAUUCAAUUAAUGCAGA